GGCUUCCUUCUUCCAGCAAUGGCGGCUCUGACCGGUGCAGCGCUCCUCCUCGCCAGCCUCCUUGCUCUUGCAGCCAUAGCCAGCGGCAACACCGAAGGUGACAUCCUCUACUCGCAAAGGCUGGCGUGGAAGGACCCCAACAACGUGCUGCAGAGCUGGGAUCCCACCCUUGUCAACCCCUGCACUUGGUUCCAUGUCACCUGCAACAACGUCAACAACGUCAACUCCGUCAUCCGAGUGGACUUGGGGAAUGCAGGCCUCUCAGGCGCCCUGGUUCCUGGACUGGGACGAAUGGUGAACCUUCAGUACCUGGAGCUGUUUGGGAACAAUAUCAGUGGACCGAUUCCAGCAACCCUCGGCAACCUGACACGCCUGGUCAGCCUUGAUCUCUACGACAACCAUCUCACCGGCGCGAUACCAGCCUCGCUCGGGAACAUCGGGACGCUGCGUUUCCUGAGGCUGCACGGGAACAAGUUUGCAGGUGGUAUACCGUCGUCGUUGGGCCGUCUGACGAAGCUUCAAACUUUGGAGCUUCAGGAGAACAUGCUGACCGGCACAGUGCCGCUGGAAGUCCUCUCUCUUGUUCUUCUUGGGGACUUGACUGAACUUAACGUUGCCAAGAACAGUCUGGCCGGCACUGUCAAAUCAUCUAAACCAAGAGUAGCUACCGUCAUCCAGGACACGCUCAAGACUACACGUCUACAUGCUGAGCAGCACUGACAACCUGAACUUUUCUAAGAAUAAACUGAAUGUUUUUUUCCUUUUGAAACUGCUGGAAGAGGCUGUAGCCUUUUAUUCCGUUAAGAGCCCCUAGCUUACAUCCAUUUCUAGAGAGAAAAAGGGAAAAGGUGAAAGGUAGUUGAAUACAUUGUAAUCAGUGCAACUUCAUAAUAAUGAAUCUUUCUCUGCACCUUUAGUGCAUAUCCAGUGUUA